CCUGAGGCUGUGGGUAUGGAGGCCAUUCCCCUUCGAAUUCCAGCCUCGCACAAAAUUCACACCACCGAGUUGUUUGUUUUUUUUUUUUUCUUAACACUUUGUCUUCCGGAAAGAGGCACAGGAAGAAAGAAAGCUCUCAGCGUACGCGGCUGAAGCAGUGCCCCCAAAAGGGCACUGGGCCGCACUCCUGCCCGACUCAACCUCGACCCUCAGGAGCCGACGCACAACGCCCCCGCCCGCCUCGUGCUCGCGGCCGUGCGGCCUCGCCUGAUUGGCCAGCGAGCGCUGAGGGGGGGAGGGGGCGGGAGCUCGUCCCCAUGGCGACCCGGUGUGUUGUGCCUUAGUGGCGAUUAUCGCUGCUCGCGCUUCUUGCCGGCUAUGAGCGGGCUGAGCGAGCGGCGGGACUUGCAGGAGGCGGCUGCUCUGGAGCGGCGGCGGCAGCGCGAGCUGCAGCGGCAGGGCCGCAUCUUUAAUGCGCGAGUGCGGACCAUCGGGGUUGAUAAAGAUGCAUUGGAUGCCCAGGUCAAGGAUAGGAAAAUUCAAGAAGCAAUUGAAAAAGCACGAAAUGAAGAACUUGCUAAUGAAAUGAAGCAAAAUGACAAGAUAAUGUGUAUGUUAGAAGAACGACAGAAAUGCAAUAUCAGAAACGUGAACAAGGCCAUCAGUGACUUUCGGAAGAAUUUUCAGCAGCCAGAAACAAGACGUGAAUUUGAUCUGUCUGAUCCCCAGGCUUUAAAGAAGGAUAGACCUGCUCGGCUUUCAGACAAUGAUCCUCGAUGCACUGUAUCUGGCUUGCAGAAGUUUAUGGGUGAAGACUUAAACUAUGCUCAGAGGAUGAAAUUUCAAAAGGAGCAGUUAAGAGAGUGGUCUCUUCAGCAACAGAGAGAUUACAAGAAUGCAUUAGCUGAUAAAAAAUUUUUAGAUGAUCUUCAUGACAAGAAUAGGAUUGAACUGGACCAAAAGAUAAUGGAGCAACAACGAAUAGAAGAAGAAACCAGACGUGCUGUUUGUGCAGCUAUCAAAGACUUUAACAAAAGCCAGGCUGCUGAACUAGCUGAAAGAAAGAGGCUGGAUAAGUGUCAAAAAAUGAAAGAUGAUAUGGAUGAAAUUUCCAGCCAGCUUCAAGGAAACUUACUUUCUGAAAACCCUGAGCAAGCCAUCAGUUCCUUUGGUACACAUCGUGUGAUCACAGAUCGGUGGAAGGGAAUGAAUCAGGAUCAGUUGAUGGCAAUCCGCUCCUUUCAACAGCAACAAGUUCUGGAGAAGCUGAGAUUAAAAGAGGAGGAACGUCAAAGAGAUGCUGAAUGGGACAGGCAAAGCAUGCAGGCUGCAAGAGCACAAUUAAUUUUAGAACGGCAUCAAGCACGACAGAAUCGGGAAUGCCGCCAAGCUCUAGAUAGCAUAAAUGCACAACUAUCCCAGGAGCAGAAAUCAAAGAACAUUUAUCUUAAAGAAGAAGAAUAUUCAAAUUGUCCAACAAGUCAGUAUUUUGCACAAUUUAAUACAACCAGUCGAUGACAUUCCAGAUGCAUCAACCUGAAGUACACAGAAAAUUAAAACAUUGCAGUUUC